UCUCAGAUCGACGGGAGGAUGAAAUAAUUAUGAAAUCAAAGUUAGUAAGAGUAACAAGUGAAUAUUCUCUGCACAGAAUUGGAUUGUACAGUUUGGAGAAAAAGAAUCGAUCUUGUUACUCUCUUUUCGGACCGGCCUAUAAAAGCGAUCGUCGGUUCUUGCCAUUUUAUCGGCAUGACAGCAACAAACUGCGACAACGAUGACGAUGACAACGAGGAUUGGUCCUGGCCGGAUACCUACACGGCAUCUCUUCAUGAAGAGCGCUUCGAGAGAGGAACGGCACGGAAUAUUGGCACGAUGCACGUGCCAGAAAGCGUAUUCGUAUCGAACACAUCUUCCCCGGAAGACGCGAUGGUCUCGCGAGGCUAUUCCGGUAUUUUGGUAGCGAAGAAUUGGGUUCUCGUUCAUGGUUCCAUGCUAGCUUCUGUCUUAUCCCGAUCUCAGGAGUUCGUCGACAUGAUUACAUCCAUGAUUUCUGCAGAUCUAAUUAUGAUCCCAGCAUCGGAUCCACUGUUUAGUGACUUGACGUUUUGCAUUUAUCGUGACCACUUAUUAGAGGGAUCAGGAAGGAUCAUAUCUCUUUGGAAAUGUCCACUUUUAGAUGAUGCAUUAAAGAAUACUGUUCGCGAUUGGACCUUCGAAAACUUUGAUCGCCUCUUGUUACCAAUCUUUCUGGUAAUCAAAGUUGAACCUCUCGUGAACGAGAUGAGAGGGCGAAAACAAUUGAAGGCAAAUAAAACGGAAGUCGAACAAGUGUUGCGUCAACUCGCGAAGCAAGCAGCUAGCUUGGAACCUACAAAAGGAGCUGCCGUCGAAUUAAUUUCGACACCUUUCGGAAAUGCUUUUUUCAUUGAUUCCAUCAGUCGCGGUGUCAUUGGAAAUUUGCUGGGAAUCAACAAGUGUCUCAUUCUGAUGGACCUGACUGCUUUCCCCGGCUGCGAAGGUUCUCCUGUAUUUUUAAUCAACAACCGCGGCGAUAAAAGUAUUUGCGGCAUGAUAAUCGCGUCAUUAAGCCGGUGCCGUGGAGAAUGGGUAAAUUAUACUUUCGCUGUGAACCUGUUACCGUCGCUGAAGCUAAUUCUCCAAAGUCGUAUGCCGAAAGACGAAUCUCGAUAUUCAACCUGCUCGACUUUCUCUUUCUCUCGAUGGAAUUGCCUCAACAUCGACUGUCUUGAAAGAAACAUCGCGAUCGUGAAAUGUGGGCCGAACUGGGGCACCGGUAUUCUGGUGGAUGAACAAAGCGGAACGUUCAUAACUUGUGCACAUGUCGUUAGAACGGUACGGGAAAAUGUGAACGUCCUCUAACUUUUUCCGAAAAUGCUUACAACAUUUCUAGGCAUCACCAACAGGAAUUGAACUUACAAAUGGUAAUAUCGCAUCGCGCGAAGACGGAUCGAAAUGGUCUGCGAAAGCGAAUUUGAUUUACAAAG